AUGAUUGGCCAAGUGAGUUCGAGUUUGACGAUAGUAUAGAGAACAGAACUUUAUGAUAUCAGUGAGAUCCCUGUAUAUUUACUAUCUUUUCACCCCUCAAGAUUCAAAAAAUCAACAAUUUUUUUUUCAAUUAAAAAAAAUAAUUUUUCAGCUGCAACAACCUCCAUCAGUCCCAAUAUCAUCACCUCCAGUACUGCCAAAAUUCGAAACUUUGGACGUGAAACACUUGGAAAUAGUAGAACUAAAGAAGAACAAGGAAUUCGACUCCCCACCUGAACUUGUUAAACGACCCACGCCCAAGCCAAGAACGAAACAACUUCAUAUCAAUACCGAAGAUACUAGAAAAGAAGCUAGAGCAUUGGAUAUCAAAGGAAGAAAUUUGGAUUCUGGAGUUGUUGAAGAAGAAAGUGAAGAAGAACAAAAGGAAGAGGGAGAAGGAGACAAAGGACAUAAGGUAAAAUUUUUCUUAAUUUUUUUUGUAAUAUACGAUGUCCCUAAUUUGUGAGUCUAUAAUAUUAUACAGUAAGGAAUUUUUAAGGUUAGAUUAAUGUGUUUGGAGGGUUUAGCUAAUUUUGUUUUUUAUGAUAUUUAAAAACUUUUAUUAUUUUUUUGCAAAAAAAUAUUUGGUGAUUGAGGCCGGGGGAGUGAAACAUUUUAAAACUUUACAAGGCAAGUAUUCAACCUACUAAAAAAUUUUAUAUAGUUUUUUCGUACCAUCAAAAGUACUCAUAAAAAAAUAGAUUGCGCUCUUGAGUUUUAAAAUUUAAAUAUUUAAGUUUCCCCCAAUUUGCUAUGUUUGGCAUUAUGUUUCAAGCACUUUUCUUGAACUUCCAGACACGCUUGCCAAUUUAAAAACUUAGAUUAAUUUAAAAGUUUUAUACUAGUAUCUCAAAGAAAAAUAACUAAAAGUCAAAAAAUGGCAAAGUUAUAGGCUUGAAAGACACAGCCAAUUUGGCGGGAAAUUCAAAACGUAAUUUUUUGGUCUCUGUUUUCUCGAGAUUUCCUGGAAAUGGGGAUUUUGUGCUUUACUGAAGAUUUUAGAUUUACAUGAUCUUAAAAGCUUGAAGUCAGCCAGAGCGGGGCAGGUCGAGGACCUUCUUUGUUAAUCUACAAAAAGUAUGCUUAAUAUAAAAAAAUUUUUUUUGUGCUUUCACUAUCAACAUUUUUUUGUUGUGCCUAAUGUCUCAGGCCAGAUCUUAAAGCUAGACCAAACCUUGUCUAAUCAAAACUUUUAACUUGGGCGAAUCUUUGUCUAUCAAAACUCCUAACUUGGAUCAAGCCUUGUCUAUCAAAACUCUUAACAUGGAUCAUCUCUUGCCUAGUCCAAACAAGUUUUGGUCCUAAAUUGCCAUUUCUUUUUCGAUGUAAUUGAUAAUCCCGUCAAGUUGUCGCAAACCUGCGCUGUUGAAGUGCAUUCCACUGAUUCGGUCAGCAGGUCAUUCUCGGCCCCUCUCCCCUAAUCCCACGCUAUUUUCGGGGCAAGCGAAACUGGAUGAUUGGGGCGGCGCGGGUUAUCACCGACGCCGUUGGUGAAAAGAGCCUUAACCCCGUUUAGGUCAUUAACCGCAAGCCGGGAUCGAAAUUCCCAUCUCCGGCGGCGUUUUUUUUUUAUAAUGAAACUCUUUUUUGCGCAAAUUGUACUAAUUGACAUGGGUGGGAGACGAUUUGGGGUUGGGGUGUGGGACAAAAAUAUGGGAAAUUAGAAAAAGCGGGAUUUUUUUUUGAUUUUGUGUGGCAUAAGUACCUAUAUCAGCCACUGUGUUAUGUAAUUGUAUAAUAUUUAUUACUUUGAUAGAAAAUACCACUGAUUCGGUCAGCAGGUCAAAAUAGGUUAAUAAACAUUGUAAACUAUCUGGCUGUCCGGAUAUAGACUAGCCAUUAAAAACGCCCUACUUUGAAAAUUUUGCAUCAUUUAUAAUCGAACAACCUCAUACGUGUAAUUUAUAAUGGAAUUUGGUAUUUAAGACAAAGUGGAACUCUUGUAUAACAAAUAACUUAGGAAUAUUUAAAUUUGUUCGUUAUAAAGAAGUUUGGGUAUACGUGAGUUUUAUAUUUACUGUGAGUUGAUGGCCAGGGAUUUAAAGGUUGAUCGUCAUACAGAAUGUUUGUUUUAUACAGGUGUUCUAUUGAAAUUAGAAUUUUGAACUUUUCGUUGUUUCAAAAAAGUUUUUUUAAUUAUUGUUUAUACGCUAAGUGGUUGUCAGGUUCAAGGGACAAAAAGUAUUAUUAUAUUAAGAUUUAUUGCUUUUUAUAAUAAAGUUUUGAUUUAAAUUUAAAAAAAUGGUGCAUUUCUGACGGUUUUACCCUAAAGGCUAAUACUGGAAUAACUAAUAGGGCUAGGACUACGAAUAUGACUAUGAUUUGAGAGGUCUAAGGCUAAGAAUAAGACUAAAGCUAAGACUAACGCAAAGGUUGUGGCUAAGGCUAACACUACGAUGAAGAUUAUGGCGAAGGCUGAGACUAACGCUAAAGCUAAAAUUUUCGAGUAUUUUUGAACUUGAGUUUAUACAAGUUAAGUUUUAAAAAAAAUUAGUCAGAGGAGUGAAAAGUGAUAAAAGAGGCUUCAAAUAGUAUAUUGUAUGUUUUGUAGCAAUAUAUUGUCAUAAAACAAUUUUUUAAAAGUGCGAUACUAAAUGUAAAUUUUUUGUUAAAAGUGCAUCACUAUGUUUUUGUCAUAUUUAGCCUAUAGUUGUUCUUUUUUAUAACGCAAAAAAAAAUUUAUCCAGCUUUGUUUAUUUCGUAUUUUACAAAAAUUUAUAACUUCUGCUUUUUUAAAUUUAACAAAAAUUAUUUUUAGUCUUUGCCCCUACCCUCAAAUCAAGGCCUUCAAAAGGCCCUUGAUCCCAAAUCAACCCAUCUCAACUCGCCCAAGCCUUCCUUGGUCCACAGUCAAACCUCGUCCGAGUAUUCGCCAGUUCAGUCUAAUACAGCCGAGUUGGACGAGUUUAGUAUCGCUGAGAAGUCGAGUAUCAAACACAAAUUUGGCAAGAUAUUCAGAAGUCUAAGCUUGAGACGAAGCGAUUCUUAUCAUCUGAACGAGCCUAAUUUGCGUUGCAAGUGUUUUUUGAAGACUUGGUGGAACGAUCGGAAGAAAAGUACCGUCUUGCCCGAGUUGGAUCAGGUCGAGGAGCAACAUGUCGACGGCAAAACGCCAGCGCAUGUAUCAGUUCGUUACUGCAGUUCAGAUUGCCUUUAGGUAAGCGAGGGGUGUUUUUGAGUUUUUUUAUUGGGCGGGAUGUGUUUAGAGUAUUUUGGGAACGGUAGGGCAAUGUAGGGUAUGCCUAGUCUAAGUCAGUGUAGGAGAGGGUUAGGGUAGGGUAAAACAGCAUAAGGAAGAGUAGACAGCUGUAGGGCAGCACAAGGUAUGAUAUGGUAAAGUAGAGUAAGCCUAAGGUAGAGUAGAGUAUGGCAAGGUAAGGUAGGGUAAAGUAGAAUAGCAUAGUGUAAGGUAGGGUAGAGUAGGUUAGGGUAGGGUAGGCUAUAGUAGGGUAGGGUGAUGUGAAGCUACAAAACCAUUCUAAAAUUUAUUUUUCAGUUCAAUAUCAGUACUAAUUCUCUGUAUAACACUGCCAAUCCUAUACAAUAAUGUUCAAACCACCAUCGAUUAUGUUGACAAUGAGAUGCGAUUUUGUGAGGUGAGCCUCAUUUUUCUAUUUUUUAUAUUUUACCUACUACAAUAUUGGAUAAAAACAUUUUUUUACUUUUUUCAUUUAAAGAACUGUAUUUUACUUCAAAACAUCAACAUUUUUCAGCGCUCCAACCGCGAAGCUUUAUUAGAAGUGGAACUCGGCCGUUCCGGCUACCGUAACAACCGUACAGCUCGUGCUGCUUACGAUAAUUACCGUGCUGCCGGCCAGAACUCCUACGAUUCAGAAGGUGAAUCUGGCGGAGACUCCGGCGGCUAUGCCAACGACGGCGGCCAAGUACCAAACUUUGAGGUCACCGGUUCACCAAUCCAAACCGAAUGCCCUGGAUGUUGUAUUCCUGGCCCACCAGGACCACGUGGACCAUCCGGCAUUCCAGGCAAGCCAGGUAUUCCUGGAGCGGCCGGUAAGCCAGGUUUCCCCGGCACGUCGCCAAACCAAACGUGCCCAAUUCAAAUGCAACGUGAACCUCCACCGUGCCGUCCUUGCCCCAAGGGGCCACCUGGCAUUAAGGGCUGGCCCGGAUUUCCCGGAGAUGCGGGACCAAUGGGACCACAUGGAGAACGAGGUCGUGACGGUGAAGAUGGUCAACCAGGCGAAACAGGACCACAAGGACCAACCGGCUUCCGCGGUGGACCAGGUGCACCAGGCGAUAAGGGAGAGACACCUCAAGGAGAAGUUCGUGAAGGACCACCUGGCGAUGCGGGACCAAUUGGACCUAUUGGUGCACCUGGCGUACCAGGCUUGCCUGGCCGAAAUGGUUUGACUGGUGCGCAGGGAGAUCGCGGAUGGCCUGGACAUCCAGGAGAAGGAGGAGAACCAGGAUAUCCUGGUCCAGAGGGAUCACCUGGAGCUCAGGGACCACCAGGUAAGGCCUUGGGGGUUUAACAAAAUUGCAAAGUUUGAAAAGAAACUUUUAAUUUCAAAAAAAUUUUCAGGAGAACCAGGAACCUGUGUAUGUCAAAACGUCGACUCCGUCAUCCUCGUCAGCCCCCAAGCCAACCAACCUCGCCUUCCAGAACAACAAGAUAGCGCGUACGGCAGAGGCUCCGGAGGCUACGGUCGAAAAUAA